AACCCGUCGAGGAGGGUGAAUAUAAGUGAGUGGCGGCAGGGAGGCGGACUUGUAUCUCCCCUUCGUCCCUUCACGCCAGUAAGUCACGAUGGCUCUCCCUCGCCCGCUCACCGCCCUGUUGCUCCUGCUGGCGUGCGCUCUAGCCUCGGCCCAAGGAAGUAGCUGCCCCGAGCCCUUCUCCCUGAUGGGCUCUCGCUGCGUGUUCGUCACCCACAACUCCGACGCCUCAGGCAGCCCCGCCGUCAGCUGGUUCGAGGCCCGCAUGCUGUGUGCCGAGAAGGUCGACGGCACCAGCUGGACCGCCGACCUCGUCUCCAACUACAACGCGUCCUUCCAGAGGCUCCUGACCAAGCACAUCAAGGCCUACCCAGACGUGGAGCGCUACCACAACUACCACGUCGGCGCCGCGUUCGUGAAAGAUGCUUGGCUAUGGCUGGACGACACACCCAUCAACAAAAUGGAUUACAUCUGGCACAUCUUUUCACCCCCGACUGGUCUUGGGGGCUUCACGACGGCCGGGGUCAGCUUCAUAAUGCCGAACCAGAGACUAGUGCUCGCCCCCAGCUCCUACUCGAAGUCUCAGCAUUACGUGUGUGAGGCCAAGCCCGCGGCAGCCUAGAGAACACCGCCUCUGUUGAUGGAGACCCCUACCGCCUCGGCUCGGCUCUUUCCCCUGGUGGUGGAGGGCGAGUCUCUGCAGUGCUUACAUAUACUUUCAUGUUUCAAGUGUUAUGCUGAGUAUCCUUGGUAUCUUUUUUUACAACAAAGGAGACAGCUCAAGGGCACACAAAAAAGGAGACAAUAAUAAAAAAAGCCCGCUACUCGCUGCUUCCCCCCCAAAAAAAUGUUAUGGUAUGUUGUAUGUAUAUAUGAUUCACACAAUAAAGAGGAACAAAAGCAA